UUCCGCUUUGUUUUUCGCACAGAAAACGACAACAAAAUUUAGAAAAUAACGAAAGUUUUGUAAUUUUUUAUAGAUUGAAUAUAUAAAUUAAAGAAUGGGAUCCUCAAAGAAACAUAAAGAAAAGGAUAGAGACCGAGAACACAAGAAGAAAAGAAAACACAGGUCUCGUUCUCGCUCCAAAGAAAGAAAAAGGCACCGACACGAACGUGAUAGAGAACAUUCGGACCGGGAGAGAUAUCGACGAGAGGAAGAGUACCUUGAAAAUGAUGAUUAUUAUCCAAAGGAGCUCGAAGAUGUUGAAAUUAAGGCAUCGUCUAAAGGGUCCUACACAGAUGCACCUGCCCCUAUGGGAGGAACAAGUGGAGACGUCUCUCUGAGUAUAGAAGAGACAAAUCGUAUAAGAGCCAAAUUAGGAUUGAAACCUCUUGAUGUUGGUUCGGAGAAAAAACAGACUGAUGAAGGUUUCCUAAUCACAAAAGAAGGAGAUGUACACAAACCUGCCAUGAGUCUAACAGAGAAGAAAGAAACUGAGAAACUGAAGGAAAGAAUUCAAAAAAUGAAGGAUAAAAGGAAAAUCAAAGACCAGUUAGGCAAAGUAAAAACUCUGGGUGAAAGUGAUUCCGAAGAUGACACAACAGCCUGGGUGAAGAAAAGUCGACAAAAACAGAAAGAAAAGGAACUGGCAGAAAAAAGGGCGAAACAGUUAAUGGAACUAGAUGAAGCAUUUGGAUUGGAGGACAUUGUUAAAGAGGAAUUUAAAGAUAACAAGAAGGAAUAUACAUCUAAGGAUUUGAGAGGUCUGAAGGUGGAGCACUCUGUGGACAGAUUUAAAGAUGGACAGUCCAUUAUUUUAACACUGCAGGACAAAGGAGUGUUAGACGAAGAUGAAGGAGACACGUUAGUUAACGUUAAUCUCGUGGAUGAUGAAAAGGCGGAGAAAAACGUGGAACUUAAGAAGAAGAAGCCAGAUUACAACCCCUAUGAUACUGGGGAUGUAGAUGAAUUUGGAAUGUUCAAACCAAAGAAUGUGUUAGAUAAAUAUGAUGAAGAGAUAGAGGGUGUUAGGAGGGAGAAGUUUGAGUUAGGGUCGGGUGGAAAGUACGAUACUGACCCCGAAAAACAGAUGGAUGAAAUUCGUAGACAGCUGAGAGAACAGAGUCAGUCCCUGGGAGGAGUGACCUUGAACCCAAUCAAUGAGUACCUCACCCCUCAGGAAGCAGCUGAUGCAGCAAAGUUUAAAAAGGUUAAAAAGAAAGUAAGGAAAAUCAGGAAAAAAGAAUCACUAAAAGCAGAUGACCUACUUCCUCUGCCAAAUCAAGGUCAGGGGGACACAGAUUAUGGGUCAAGGAAAAGAGGGAGGGGGUACAUGCGAGAGGAGGAGGAGGCUGUUGAGGGUCAGACAGGGUAUGAGAACGGUUACGGUGGGGGUGGGGGCAUGACGGCUCCCAUUGUGAUAGACUACGCCCACGGUCACACAGCGGUCAGUGUUAAUGACCAGCCAAUGGAGGUCACAGAACCAGAGGAAGAGGAGGACUUGGUUGGUCCAGAUGAGGAUCUCAGUAAUGUUGUAAUAGAGGAAGACGAGGCAGAGAAGGAGUUACACUCGGCUCUGUCUAAAGCCAGGAAAAUCAAGCAGAGGAAAGACGCAUCAGCUGUCAUCAAGGUAGCAGAGCAGGUUCUCUUAAAAGCUAAAUCAGAGCCAGAGGAAGAAGAAGAAGAAGCCCCCCAGGACGGUAACAUUAUCCUCAAUGCUACCUCCGAGUUCUGUAGAACCCUGGGGGAUAUUCCUACGUACGGCCAGUCAGGGAACAGAGAGGAGGAUCAGGAGGAUUUCAUGGAUUUUGAGAAAGAACUUGAAGAACGAAGGAAAAAAGAAGAAGAUGAGGAACAAAUGUCAGGUUGGAAUGCUGUGGAAAUUGACGAGACACCUGUCAAUAUCGCCGGAGAGGAACAAGCAGUGUUAGAAGAAGAACCGGUGGUGAGUUCAGGGGUCGGAGCAGCUCUAGAGCUGGCUGUUAAGAAAGGAUACAUAGAAGAUGAAGGGAAGAAAAAUGCCAUUGUGAGGAGCAAAGCUAAGCUUGACCUGGAGGUUCAGAAUUACUCUAUAGAAGACAAACGAUAUGAUGAUUUGGAUGAGAAAUACAGCAGGAAGAGGGACCGAUACAGUGGAGGGGGAGGGCUGACUCAGGACUUCAAGGAGAAAGAGGGAUAUAAACCAGACGUCAAACUGGAAUACGUGGACGACGGGGGGCACCUGUUAAAUCAGAAGGAGGCCUUCAGGCAGCUGUCUCACAGGUUCCAUGGGAAAGGCUCCGGCAAAAAGAAAACGGAAAAACGAACGAAAAAACUGCAGGAGGAACAGUUGAUGAAGCAGAUGAGUUCCACAGACACGCCCCUAGGUACGCUGAACAUGCUUAAGGAUAAGUAGAGAACAGAAAUCACCUUACAUUGUCCUGUCUGGCUCCAAAGGUUUCUCAUCAAAUUCGAUCAUUAAACCAAGCCAAACUUGAAUCUGGAUGAAUGUUACUUGCAUUUCCUAGACUUUGAAUGCAGAUAACAUACAAGAAGGAGGUCAACUACAGACAGUAAACAUCCCUUGAGCAGUCUGUGAUUUAUUGGCUCACUAAAUCAAAACAUUACAUUGCAUCAUGAUUUUAUUGGCUCUGACAGUAAAUAACGACAUCUACACUUGUACAUUGCAUCAUUUUAUCUUUGUUAGAUUCCACAACUGUCAAUAAAAACAUGAAAACAGA